GCUGAGUAUCCAAAGCAUAGCAGUGUUUCUUGUUCUCUCUUUUCAGUGAACAUGGCCACUUCAUUGCAGGAAGAAACUCUCAUAGUGGCAAAUGACUAUAUGGAUUUCUGCAUUGGAAUCAAGAAGGCACCUCCCAAUGAAGCCGCGAAAGUCAUGCGAUACCUGGGAAAGGAUGUGGAGAGAAUCUAUGGGUUCAGACUGCGCCCUCUUGUGCAGUUUUUCUUGAACAGCAGUGGCUUUGAUACAUGGUCCAAACUCAGGAGUGUGAUGCUGGAGGUGGUUGGAAGGGAAGGGAUGAGCUGGGGCCAAAUUGUCAGCCUCUUUUCCUUCACGGGAAUACUGGCCGUUCAGUUGUCUACCGGUGAAGAAGAUGUCGCCUGCAGUAGACGGCUGGUGGAGAUUUUGACAGAAGUACUAAUUGGAGAAAAAGAAGAAUGGAUGGUUCAAAAUGGAGGCUGGAGGGGGUUCAUCAAGUAUGUUCAGAAAAUCAGACCAGAAUAUCCAGUCUCACCCAUGAAGACAGCUUUCCUCAUUACUACAAAUAUAGCAAUUGCAGGUAUUGCCUUCCUCCUUGUACGUUAGAGUAUUUCCUUUCUAUGUUAUUCAGAGAAAUG